UCUCUCUUUACAAUUUACCCUCUCUCUAUCGCCCUGCAUUUUGCAGGGCAAUCAAAGCGUAACUAAGGGGCCCAUUAUCUCCCAUCGUUUUUCACCUGAUGGAAGAUAAAUCAAUCGAUGCAGCCAUCGCUACCAAAGUAGUCCCAACCGUCCCCCCCACCGCAACAAAUGGCAAGAAAACUCCUACGGAAGGAGAAAAGGCGAGGAACAAGAGAGGCGGAUUCACCUUCAUAAAGGCGGCAAUGUUCAUGGUGCGCCGUGGGCCAAGUGGAAAAUCCAAGCCACCAGUGGCCUCAAAUGACAAGUUGAUGAAACUUGUGGGAUCAAUGCGCCCCUUGCACCUGCAGGACAACCAGUCGCCGCCACCAUCCAUUGGCAAACAAUCCGAGGAAAUGAUAUCCACACCUUUGUCAUCACCAGAUCGGCCCUCCUCCUCCUCCAGCUCUGUCGAUAGCAUGAGUCAGUAUGGUUCCGCCACCAACCUCCAGGCUCUUGAUAAGGGAGGGGUCAUGAGAUCAUAUGCUUCAUCACCGAAUCUCCAAGGGCUUGUGGAAGUUGACAAGGGAUCAGAGUCAUCAGAGAGCCGAUAUGCUUCUUCAACAAAUCUCCAGAGAUCAUCCCGUUAUGCUUCGGCAAAGGACCUUCUCGAACUUGAAUUGAAAGGUGAUGAUAGUGGCGACGAUGACGAUGAAAAUGAUGAGGAUUCGGAUAAUAAUAAUAACGGGGGAGACGAAAUGAUCGAUGCCAAGGCCGACGAGUUCAUUGCCAAGUUUUACAAUCAAAUGAAGCUUCAGCACAUGCAUUCAUUCUAACGUUAAGCAAAUCCGGCCAGUGAGGGUACAUAUAAUUGGGAUGUGCAUUUUUUUAUGCAUGCUCUCUUCAAAGACCGUAAUGAUGAAUACGUAUUAUUAUGAAAAACUAAAAUUUAGUGGACGGAUGGAUGCAGGAGGAGGAAGAAGAUCGAAGAAAGAAAGAAAAAAAAAAAAAAGGGGUUGUUGUGUUGGUGUUAUUUUCAACAAUAAACUUCGAAUUAUCUUUUAUUUUUCUACUGUCGCGCUGGAUCGGAUGUACUAAUAUUUAUGCAAACGCAUUUUUUUAGUCUUUUUGUUGGGGCUUUUUUUUUCCCUCAAUUUAGUUUUUUUUUUUUUUUGUGGUCUUUUUUUGAGUAUAUUCUGUUAUGGAACAAAGAUGAAAGAGAUUAUGAAAUUGUUCCUGAUAGUUCUUUUUUGUAUUUAGUUUAUUUGACAAUUAUUUGUCUUUUUUUAGGAAUUAUUCGUCUUGGAGAUUAAACUAAUGUUUCAUUGCAA